UUAAAAAACCAGCCCAUUUCUGUACUCUGGUCAUCAUACCAAAGCAAAAGCCGGUGCAUUAGUAGUGUUGCGGCCACACACGCUCACCGGAGCAGUGGACACCCCAGUUCAACCAAAUUUCUGGAACCCACUUGCCAAAAUUAAUCAAAUUCUCUCCCAAAGCUCCAAAGUCCAAACUUUACCAUAAAGAAAAUCAGCUUAUAAGAAUUGAAUCUUGGGGAAAAAAUAGUAUGAAAUCUGGAAAGGGUCAUCAGGAAGAGGAAGAAGAGGAGGAGGACGAUUUUGGUGCCAAAAAAGACUCCACACCAUCCCAAAAUAAUCCCAUAGGAGUAGAUGGGAAGAGCAGUGAUAAGGCAAAUGCAAUGAGGUCGAAGCAUUCAGUAACAGAGCAGCGAAGAAGAAGCAAGAUUAAUGAGAGAUUUCAGAUUUUGAGAGAGCUGAUACCCCAUAGUGAUCAAAAGCGAGAUACUGCAUCUUUCCUAUUGGAGGUGAUCCAGUAUGUACAAUAUCUACAGGAAAAGGUUCAAAAAUAUGAAGGAUCAUAUCAGGCUUGGAAUUCAGAGCCCACAAAGCUGAUGCCCUGGAGGAACAGUCAUUGGCGGACUCAGAGUUUUGUCAGUCAUCCACAAACAAUGAAAAACGGCUCUGGUUCUGGUCCACUGUAUCCUGGAAGGUUAGAGGACAACAAUAUCACCGUAUCUUCAACUGUGCAACCAAGUCAACAAAAUCCAAUUGAAUCUGACCUUGGGAGGGAGGUUACCUCUAAAACCAUUGAUCAGCAAACUGAACUGACAAACCAGGCGAUGCCCAUGCCAAUGCCUUUGCAGGCAGCCAUGCCAGUUCCGAUCCAGAAUGAUGGUGCCUUCUCCCACUCCCAACCUAGGCCAGCUCCUGAUGCGCAGUCUUCUGACUGUCCGAUCACUGAUGAUAUGCUAAACCAUCCGGAGGGCUUAACUAUUGAAGGGGGCACAAUUAGCAUCUCAAGCAUAUAUUCGCAAGGGUUGCUUAACACAUUGACGCAAGCAUUGCAGACUGCUGGAGUGGAUCUCUCUCAGGCCACUGUCUCGGUGCAGAUUAAUCUAGGAAAGCGAGCAAAUAGCGGACUGGCUUCUGGGAUUUCCGUCACUAAAGAUCAUGAGCGACCUUCACCUUCUGGUGAUCAAUUAGCGGGGCAAUAUCGGGACACAAGCAACGGUGAAGAUUUCAGUCAAGCCCAAAAGAGGCUGAAAAGGUGACCGUCCAUGCUUUCCGAAUCAAUGUGUGCUUGGCUCAGUUUUGUCUCGUCCGAUGGAGAAAAGGCUAGUUGAAUGUAAAUGCUGGAAUUCUCAUGUUAAUCUUUGGGCUUUAGGCUAUUCUGCUUGCUUGUCUAUAUGCUGCGCCUUCUCGACUUUCUGCCUGGAGUGGUUCAUAUUUGUUCCUUUGUUGGAAACUGGAAUUAGGUUCAUCGAUUGGCAACGAUUCAGCUUUCAAAAACAGAUGGUUUAUCUCUGUACAAAAUUUCUGGUGAUCAUUAGAGGCUUGGUACUGCCCCGCCAAUUUUCGUUUU